UUUCGGGUGAGGAGCUUGGUUUCAUUUCAGCAACGGCUGACUUUCGAUCCUACCACUGUUUGUCCACUCUCGCCAAAUAGAAACAAAGAAUACACAGUCAACUGACGUAGCGAUCUUUACUAAUGAUUGUCAGUCGCGUAGAAGGUAGCCUCCCUUCAAGGGACUCUUGCAGAUGUUCUUGUAAGCCCAUACUCGUCACAGCCUCAUAAAUGGCUUCGUGUCGAUGCUUUAUCUCAUACAGCAAAAGGAAACAUGGCGGCAGAAAAAGGAAGAGUUCAUCAAAGCUCGCGCAGACGUUUUAGAAAAGCUGCAUAAAGUUCUUACUCAAGUUCAUGAGGAAACUGGAAUACUUCUUAUUAAGCCAAAGGAUUUGAUUCCACGGCUGGAAGAUAUUAGAGAGGACGUGAAAGAAAUCAAGGAAGACGACAUUUCGGCUGCUGCAAAUAUUCCUAAGCUGCGCGCAAAACUUCGUAAAGCAGAGCUACAAGCUCAAGUGGCAGCAGAGAAGGAACCACCCCUGUCUGAUGUGGAGGGUACGUGUGCAACGCGUGAGAGGGGCCAGGAAGCUUCAUGGAAGGUCAUGUCAUCGCUUGCUCCUGCUAUGGUCACAACACCAAGAAUAUUGGACAUGGAUAUCAAUCGCAGCCGUGAUGUAGCUAAGGAAAUUUUGACCAAUGUAAGCGAAGCUUCAACGACGUCCAAAUCCGUCAGCAUUCCUCCAAUGAGGUUUUUCCCUAUGCUUUAUGGUUACUACAAACAGCCUCACACCGGAAUCCGUAGAACGAGAAGCGAACCUGCUCAAUCGCGAAAAAAAUCUGUAAAGAGCUUCCAAUCCAGAGAAACAUUUCUUCCUCCGAUAGCUACACUUUAUCCUGAGAACGACCAGACACAGGAUUCUUAAUUAUUCAGAAAAAAAUUUUAAAACUGCGAUUUGGAUUUCGUGAAAACAUAGAAACAUGUAAAAUAAAAUUUUCUUUAGUCGUUGCAGACUUUUGUUGA